CCCGCGCAAUGUUCUCUGCCUUAUAUGGGCAGUAGAAUGCAGACGCACGGCUUCGUCACACGUCGUUUAUGUAAAUGCCUUUAUUGAAGAAAAAGAAAAAAACCCUUCUGCUUCACUACGAAAUGGAGGAGUGGAUUUGACGCAUGCGCAAUACGUCCACAACUAUCCAGUCCGGUCCACAGGCGCAGACAUCAACAAGAGAGCGGGUUACUGACACGGCUUGAUUUCCAUAAUAAACCGACGGAAGGACGUGCAGCUGCAGGAAAACUAUUGCUUUUCACACAGCUUUACAUCACUUGCAACUAAGAUGUUUGGCUUCCAUAAGCCGAAAAUGUACAGGAGUCUGGACGGCUGCUGCAUCUGCCGCGCAAAAUCCUCCAGCUCCCGUUUCACGGACAGUAAACGUUAUGAGAAAGAGUUCAGGAGCUGCUUCGGACUGAGUGAAACAAGAUCUGGAGAAAUCUGUAAUGCCUGUGUACUCUUGGUGAAACGAUGGAAAAAGCUGCCGGUGGGAACCAAGAAGAACUGGAACCAUGUUGUGGAUGCAAGGGGUGGUCCCAGCCUCAAGAUCACAUCCAGGCCUAAGAAAAUCAAGUCAAUCACUAAGAAGGCAAGGCCAAGUCAGAUCAGCAGGCUGCAGAAGGAGCUCAAAAGAAACAACUCUGAUGCCCACAGCACCUCCAGUGCAUCUCCAGCUCAGUCUCCCAGCUACAGCAACCUGUCAGACGAUUGCUCUGAUACAGAGCUCAGCCCAGGUUCUAGCCGCUCCCCGGUUUUCUCCUUCCUGGAUCUUACGUACUGGAAGAGACAAAAAGUUUGCUGUGGAAUCAUCUACAAGGGCCGCUUCGGAGAAGUGCUUAUAGACCCACACUUGUUCAAACCAUGCUGCCGCAAAAAGCGACAGCAGCAACAGCAGGACGAGGAGGAAGAAGACGAGGAGGAAGAGGACGAGGAGGAAGAGGUGGAAGUAGAGGAAGGUCAGCCGGGAGUGGGUAUCGGUGGGCAGAAAUCCCAGACAGACGAGGAAGUAAAGAUGGGAACAUGUGAGGAGAACGCCGAGAGCGCUCAGCUGUGUGUCAGCGUCACAACACCUCCAACCAGAAUUGUAGUGGUGGAGGCAGGGUGGUAGAGUGAAAGGAUCACUUUGGGUUUUUUAGUGUGGUUAUAUAUAUAUAUAAGCUAUUGAUUGAAGCAAUCAGCACUGACUAGAGGCAUUCAUACACCCACCUGGGACCCAUUUGACCAAAAAAACACAACAAAAUAAUGCUACCGUAAAAGGCUCCCUCCCAAAAUCUGCACCUGCUCAUUUACGCAAUAUCUUAUACGUGUGUUUACUCACUUCUAAAUACUGUUUGAUGUGUCUUCCUUUUUGGAAACUGAACUUGGUUAACUGCUAAAUCCUUCUCACCAAUAUCCGUUGAAGUUGCGCAGACGUCGUAAAUCCACUGCUACCUCUAUUAGUAAGUCCAUAAUAUGGAGGUUUUUGUAACUUUGGUGUUUUGAUACUUUUGUUUACAUGUACUCUCCGUCACCGGCCUUUCCUUGUGGCCUUUGGUACAGAUGUCAUGAUCAGUGGUCUCAAUACAAUGUAAAAAUCACAUCCACUUGAGUAGGUGUAGAAAUGAUGAGUUGAAGCACUUGCUUGGAAGCUAGAAGGUGACAUUUCCAUUAAAACACAGGACAGGCAACUACAUAAAAAACCAUGACUGUCAUUAUAAAACCACACUUGAAAACCUGAAAUAACCCUGAACAUCACUCCCAUGCCCACAAUUUUGAAGAAAUCUCGGGGUGCUGGUUUAGUCUUAGAGCACUUACUGGAAGAGGUUGCCUCAGAUUGUCUUCGUAAAGCAGCUGAAAAUCCUUCGGUCUUCUGGAGUUUGUUGGAGUUAAAUUUUCUGUGUUAUAGCUGUAACUUAUUAACUUUUUCACCUUUGUUACUAUGCUCACAGUGGACCAGCAUCCCUGUUGUUGUUUGUUUUGUUUUUUUUUAUUAUCUUUAGAUGAAAAGCUGAAGCUGUAGUUUGCUUGUAGGUACAUGGUAGAGAUUUCAUUCCAAAACACAAUACAUCCCUGAGGUUCCAGCAAAAGGUGCUACUAGAAAGUCCUGACCCAACAUUUCAAAGAUACAUGUGAACUCAUUCACGCUGUCCAUGUUUUCUGAGCAUGUGUGUGAGAGGAUAACUAAUGUGAUUGGACACGCGUUUUUUAUCUUCAUCUCCUGGAGACGAUUCUUCUAGGAUGAAUGACACAGUGACAAAGCACAGACUUGUACAGUAACCCCUGUCUUUGUCUUCUUUCACACUGACAUCCACUCCUAUCAAUGCAUUUGUGUGUGUAGUUUGGAUUAGCGUCUCUGUGUAGACCCAUUUUAAAAAAGGCCUAUUCACAGCUUCAACAGCAAAUACACCAGCCUUAAUUGUGUGUCAAAGACAGUGCUAGUGUUAAUUCUGGAUUGGUAAUAAGAAACAAAAAAAGGGGGACAGUUAAUGUGUCUCGGCCCGAACAAACACGAUGCAUUUGCAUGAAAGGAAAGCCACUCAUUCAAAAGACGCAGUGCUCUGAUGCAUGAGUCGACAAAAGUUGCAUGGCCUUAUAGAAACUGUAAAUCUUGCUUUUAUUUUUGGAUCCUUUUUCUCUGAAGUUUUAACUUAUUUUUAUAUGUAAAAUAAAAAAAAAAGAAAAAUAGAACACGUCUUUGCAUAAAAAUAGUAACAAUACACACCGUGACAGCAAACACACUCAAUCGGUCUAUAGUCACUCAACAAUUGCAAUGCCAGUGUUUUCUCUCAUUCCCGUCAGUAUAUGGUAAAACUCUUUAUACAAGCUGAAAUUCUAUGCCGUUGCCUCAUACACCACAAAUGUGUUGUGAUAUAUAGCCUGAUAUGACUUUAUUUAUCGAAGAAAGCCAAAGCACAUUGAAAUUCACCCAUUGUCAGAUUAAUGCAGGUUUAACAUGGACACUCGUGCUCGUCCAAGGUCAUUGUAUGUUUAUGAUAUUCUAAAAGCGAACACUAAUAUGAAAAUAUCAUACAUGUGAUGUCUCAUAUGGGUUUAUUAUUUAUUUUAUUUAUUUGUAUUACUUCACCCCCGUUUAAAGGUGUAAUACUAUGAAUUCUUCUCAUUUUUAGCUAUUGCAUAGCAUGAUUUUUAAAUUUUUUUUUUUGUACAUCAGAAAUGGAAUGUAAUUCCCACGCAUCUUUGAUUUAAUGUUGCGUUGAAUUACUGGUUGUCAAUAUUUGUGAAAUGAUAAUGUGAUAAGUAUUUAUUUGUUGUUUUUUUAAGUUGAGUUGCUGCAACCUAACUUAUUCUGUAUCAUCAUUUUGGCUUUGUGUUAUUAACUGAAAGAAACAAUAGAUUGCAAACCGACUGUACUUUUUCCCCUGUUUAGCCUGUAGCUUCAAAUAUUAGAGAGCAGUAGGAUACCUGAACUGUAGACUUGCAUGUACCGUCGCUAUGCAUUUACUUAGCUUACAUGGUAGAAAAAGCAGUUUUGUAUUUUUUAUAAAUCAUGUACUUUUUUUUACUUGUCUGUUAAUAAAAAGCAAUUUUGUGAAUUUUCUGGAAGAA